CACUGUCCAAAGGGGCAUUACUGUUAAUAUUGUCCCAGUUUAAAGGUGUAUUUCUGGGCAGCUGCAACACGCGACUCGGAUAACUCAUAAUAGAACAAUAAUAUUAAGUGCUGUUAGUCGAGGGUAUUAUUUCUAACAAUGCCAGCUGUAUAUUAUAUGGGGCAGGAUUAACAUUAUUAUUAUUUUGUAAUGAGCAAUUUUCUUUCAGUCUAGUUGUAUGGUUUAGUGCCUCCGGUAUCCCGGACCACCGGGGCCCCACGUGAUACAAACAAGACAAGCGAGACCAAGUCCGGGACCAGGCUGGCUUUCAGAGUCUGCCUGCCGGACACAAACUAACUCGACGUCCGCUGCCUGGUCGUUCUCACCGUGACAAAAUACAGGUCGAGACGCACCAGACGGGAGCUGCGUUUUCAAGGCAACAGAAAACAAUAAAGAGUCGGUGAGGAAGCGUAGCUGUGUCUCUCUCCCUGCACGCUGCAGCAUGCAUUUACCCGGGCUGUCCCUCCCCAGCACCCCGAUUUCGCAGACGGUGCUCCCUCCUCGGAGACGGUACGCUGUCACCCCCUUGGCCUUGCCUGUUGUGUGUCCGGCUGUCAUCCCACUGUCUGUCAAUCAGUGCGGCGCCCGCGUGAACCCGCUUCACCCCCCAGCUGAAAGAAGACGCACUGUGAGUCUGGAGACGCUGGCAGCGCACCACUAUAACCAGCAGAGGGUGCUGGUCAUGCAGCAGAAGGAGUUCUGCAGGUACCACCAGGGCUGGCAGAGACCUUUCUACGGCUCCCGUGCAGACAAGGAGGAGUACAGGCAGGAAGUGCGCGCCCUGCUGAAGAGGCAGAUUAGAGAGAAGUGGGAGGAGCAGAGACAGGCGCUGGCCAAUCGCAUGCGAGAGGUGGAGGCAGUGAGGGAGGCAGACCGGCUGGCACUGAACCAGGACCUGGAGCAGAAUCGGACCCGGGCCAGAGCACUCGCAGUGUUCAGAGACGAGAACAAGAGGCUGAUGGAGCAGUCCUGGAAGGAGCGCAGUGUGUCAAGGUCGUUGGAAGCCCUGAGGGAGAGAGAGCUGCUGCAGUACAAUCCAAUCAACUGGAGCGGCACACUGAAAUAAGCUGAGGACUGGGUACUGGACCUGGGUCCAAUACUCCAACACAAAAAAAAGUGUGUUUUAUUUUUAUUUUGUUCAUUUUUAUUACUGGUUAAAAGGUGCACUAAGAUGUUUCUUCUUAAAAGGGAGAAUAAAAAAUGUCAUUUAGAAGAAGGUAAAAGUUGGGUAAUGAGAAAUGAAUCUUGCCUCUGAGUUUGCGAUGGUGUGUUUGAAUCCGCAAGAGUAAGCAGUUCUAUAGGUGUUGUAAAGAACAGAAUGAAAGGCUAACAGGCUGACCUCUCAAUCAAGUUAUUACAUUCAUUACAGAAAUUCUCAUAAGUCUAAUAAAGAUCAUUGAUACUAA